AUGCUUCGUUCAACCUUUUCUCGAAUAGGCCUUGUUACGAAAUGCCCAUUGAUACGUUUAUCGUUAAUCAGUAAUGCGAAUGGAUCCAGAACGCUAGCAAUAAGAGCCCAGCCACGAACUUUCACAACGACAGUAUAUCGUCGACGAACCGCUAAUAUGAAUAAACAGAAUCCACCACAAGUAAAAAGAUCAGGCGCUUUUGACAAGAGAUGGGAUAAUUCUGCAAACGGCAAAGUUGCAGGAAGAUUGAAUGAACGUGGAAAACCUGAAUUGGAAAGCUUUUUACCUCAGAUUCAUAAUGCUGCGGACUCUCUUGAUCCACUCUUAUAUUUGAUUCUUAUUGCAUAUCUGUACAGAGAAUUUACAAAAAAAACCAAAAGGACAAUUAGAGAGAGCAUCGCCCAGGCUUCUAGCACCAACAAGUUUUCAUCUUUUCAUGAUAAUGGUAUCAUAGGUGGACCCGGCUCGGGUAAAGGCACUCAAUGCAGGAACAUUAGCAAAGAAUUUGGAUUCACACACUUAUCUGCUGGCGACCUUCUUCGCGCUGAAAAAAAACGACCGGGAUCGAAAUAUGGUGAAUUAAUUAACACGCGUAUGAAGGAGGGUAAGAUUGUACCAAUGGAAAUUACAAACGCGUUGCUCGAGCAGGCGAUGCUCGACGACGGCGGAAAACGAUUCUUGAUCGAUGGGUUUCCUGUGCAAAUGGGUCAGGCCGUUAAGUUUGAGAAGGAAGUUGCUCCAGCCCAACUUGUCUUGUACCUCGAAUGCCCAGAAAAUGUAAUGUUAAAGCGACUCCUCAAACGCGGAGAAACAAGUGGUCGUGUUGAUGACAAUGCCGAAACUAUUCGUAGACGGUUCAAGACAUUUGUCGAAAACAGUUACCCAAUUGUGGACUAUUAUAAGGAACAGGGUAAAAUUCGUUCGAUUUCAUGCGUGAAUCCGCCUGAUGUUGUGUAUCAAGAAGUGAAAGAAAUCAUGAACAAAGAGUUUGGUAAAAACAAGAACGUCAUUUAG